AUGCGCGACAAUGAAGAUGAUGACGAUCUUUUCGAUGACAACCAUGACACCAUUGACGUUAUUGGCCAACAUCACCAGCAACUGUACACUCCGUACCAACUACCAAACAGUCUUGGAGGGUCUGUGAACCAUAAUCGGAUGCUGUCAUUCAAUGGGAUCAACGCCGUUGCAAAUACUUCACCAUCUACCAUCAACUUUGUUGGUACCGAUGACGCUGAUGAUGAUGAUGAAGACAGUGAUUUGUUUGACAGUCCUAACGAAUUGCAAGCCAAGCACUACCGUCAAACAUCAACCAACUAUUCCGGGUCGACUGCUGGUUCUGGUUCUGGUUCUGGUUCUAAUAGCACCCCAUAUCCAUACAUUCCCUCCGCUUCAGUCGCUCCUUCAGAAAUGUAUUCUACCCCGACUGAUAUGUUCGCCUCCGGGGGCCAUAGGUCUUCUCAAACCAUGCUUCCGAUGCCUCUGAUGAUAUAUAACGGUUCCAGUCCUCGUCGGUCGCAAUAUGCCCCCUCAUACGGUUACAUGAGAAGCGGAGAUCAGCUGUUCUACGGAGACGAUAACUUCCCCAACCCUGGUGGGUCCGAAGCCGGCGGAAACUUUGCUGCGAAGUCGGUGCAGUUCACAGGAGACGAUUACAUGCCUAACUUAUUAGAAGAUGCUGAAGAAGACGACGGGUUAGAUCCCUUUGGUGAUGACGAUUCGUUAUUCUCGGAAACAGAAGAAGAUAUCCAACGUGGCCAGACAAUUAAGCGCAAGAACACAUUGCGUAGACGGAAUACCCAAUACAUAAAGGAAAAGAACGAAGGGAUUCACGACGACGACAAACCGUACGACUUUUCUGAUGAUAAUGAUGAUGCCGAUGAUGACUUUAGACCUCGGUUGAACUAUACAAAAACCAUUAAAAAGGCCAGGAUGGUCAAUGGGAAUUACUCGAUAGAUUGUCCUGUUCCACAAGCAUUGUUAGAUAACUUUGGUUCCAAAGUCAACGAUAGAGGUACGGAAAUGUCCUUUAUGAGAUACACCGCCUGUACGUGUGGACCAUCCAACUUUGGUACCUUUGGGUACAAUGUCAGACAAGCCCUCUACACCCCAGUGAGAGAAACAGAGCUAAUGGUUUGUAUCACCAUGUACAACGAAGACGACAUUUUGUUGGCCAGAACCUUGAAAGGUGUUUUCGAAAACAUACAGAACUUGACCAAGAGAAACAAUCCUAACUGGGGUAAGGACAGUUGGAAGAAGAUAGUGGUAUGCAUUGUUAACGAUGGUCGUAUGGAGCUUAAUGAACGGACUAAAAACCUUUUGCUUUCCCUUGGGUGUUACCAAGAAGGAUAUGCUAAAUCCAGAGUUAACGAACACCAAGUCAAAAUUCACAUUUACGAAUACACUUCUAUUGUUGGAAUUGACUCUAUUAACGAUAAGGUCAACCUUACGAUCAACCUGACGCCUGUUCAGUUUUUAUUUGUGCUUAAGGAACAAAACAAGAGAAAGAUCAACUCCCAUAGAUGGUGUUUUCAAGCCAUUGCGCCCAUUUUGCAACCUCGGGUGAUUAUUCUUUUGGAUUGUGGUACCAGACCGGCUAAAGACGCCUUCUAUCAUUUAUGGAAGAACUUCCAAGACCCAGCAGUGGCUGGAGCAUGUGGAGAGAUGCGUGCUAGUUUGGGUAACUCCAAGAAACUUCUUUUAAACCCAUUGGUUGCAGCUCAAAACUUUGAAUAUAAAAUCUCCAAUGUGUUGGAUAAACCCAUGGAGUCCGUAUUUGGGUUUAUCUCCGUGUUGCCGGGUGCCUUCUCGGCGUAUAGAUGGGAAGCAUUGUUGAACGUUGAUGGAGAAGGUCCUUUAGAAAAGUACUUCAAAGGUGAGUUCUUACAUGAAGAUAAUUUACGAGUCGACUCUAUAAACGGCGAUGAAGACGAUGAAAGACAGUUGAAGGAGAAGAACUACCGUGAAUCCGGCAUCUUCACCUCCAAUAUGUAUUUGGCCGAAGAUCGGAUCUUAUGUUUUGAGUUGGUUGCUAAGAAGGGUCACAAUUACGUGCUUAAAUAUGUCAAUGAAGCCAAGGCAGAAACAGAUGUUCCGGAAUCUAUUGAUGAGUUUGUUCUUCAAAGAAGAAGAUGGCUUAACGGGUCCUUGUUCGCUGCAGCGUAUGCAGUCAUUCAUUGGACUAACAUUUGGAAAUCGGAACAUCUGUUGAUGAGGAAAUUGUUCCUUCAAUUUGAGUUCUAUUACCAGUUGAUCACGCUUUUUGUGUCGUGGUUCUCCAUCGCCUCCUUUUUCCUUGUGUUUAGAAUCUUGACUGCUAACUUGGGGUCUGCAGCCAUGAACUUUGAUGCUGCCAGAUACAUCGCUAUCAUCUUGCUGUGGUGCUAUGUCGCAUGUGUUAUCACGACAUUUGUGUUAUCUUUCGGUAACACUCCUAAAGGUGCAAAGAAGUUCUACUUGGUCGUGGCCAUCUUAUUUGCAGUUAUGAUGGCCUAUAUGAUGUUUGCAGCCGUUUAUUUGGCUAUUUAUACCACAAAGUUGAUCAUAAAGGAAAACCCAGGUGGGUUCAAAAUUCAAAUGUUCUUUACUGAUUCUAGGUUCCGGGACUUGGUAAUUUCGUUGCUCCUGACAUAUGCACUUUAUCUCUUUGGUGCGUUACUCUAUGGGGAACCACUGUGCAUGUUCACGUCCUUUGUUCCUUAUUUGUUGCUCUCACCCACAUACGUCAAUGUGUUGAACAUCUAUGCGUUCUGUAACAUCCAUGAUGUUUCUUGGGGUACAAAGGGUAACAACUCUCAGGCGAAGGAUUUGGGAGCCGCUAAGAUCUUGGGCGAAAAGGAUAAUGAGUUGGUCAUGGUAGCUCCGGCAGUCGACCAAGAAUUAAACGAUGCCUACAUCCAAACUUUAGACAAAGUUAGAACUCCACCAGAAUUCGAAAAAGUGAAAGUGACCCCUCGUCAUUCUGGAGAGAACUACUAUGCAUUUUUACGUACGGUUACUGUCUUAGUAUGGAUGUUAACCAAUGCUAUUUUGAUAGUGGUUGUGUUGCAAUCUGGUGGGUUAACUAUGUUUACUAAGAAAGCCAGUACCAAUCCAGACGGAUCUAUUCUUGGGGGAUCUAACAUUUUCCUUGGUGUUAUCUUGUGGAUUGUUGCUGCUUUGGCUUUGUUCAGAUUCUGCGGUUCAGUGAUGUACAUGAUCUUCAAAGGUUUCAGGCCAUUGAAAUGGAAAAAAGCCAAUAAGAAAGCUAAGAAGCAGGGCCUUUUGUUACAACAACAUCAACAACAGGUAUAG